UGCAGGAACAAAAUACAAAAAUUAACAGUUUAGCAAGUAAAGUUGACGAUUAUGAACAAUAUUAUGAAGAGUAUGAUUAUGAUGAUGAUUAUGAGUCUGUGGACAAUUUCCAUCAGGAUGAUGAUCAACCUGAGCAGAGUAAGAGAAAAAAUGAUGAUGAGAAUAAUAAUAGUAGAUUUUAAGAAUAUGGCAAAGCGUUUUAAGACCACAGAAACUUGUGAUUCGAAAGUUGAUUCUGUGUUAGCGUCAACUGUAAAUGACUUAUUUCUAAAUGGACUUGAUGAGGAUCAUUAUAAUAAAUUGACAAAAGAUGAACUCAAUGCUAGGCCUGAAAACUGUGAGGCUUUAUCGGUGGUAAAAAUGAACCAGUUAAUAUGGGACGCGGUUUCCCCGAAUGCUAGAACGUCUGAUAGGAAACUUCAAUACAUUGAAGAGUCGGUAAUUAAAAGUGGUACACUCUUAGUUAAAGUAGUCAAUGAGUUGGACAAAUUAGAUUCGGAGAAUGAUGGGAAGCUUGGUCCGUUGAUAGAGCAGUGUAAUGAUGUCCUGGCUUUGUUGGGUCAUGCGAAUAAGCAAAUUAAUAUGACCAGGAAAGACUUUCUUAGACCUGAAAUGAGUAAGGAAUACACUCAUCUUUGUAGUCAAUCUAGACCUUUUACAAAAUUCUUAUUUGGGGACGAUGUCUCCAAGUCGGCUAAGGAGAUUGAGGACUGUUCCAAGAUCAGUAAUAAGAUGUUUGAUCGUAGACCUUUUCGAGGAGGUCCUGCCCGCCGAAUGUUGAAUAGAGGAUUUCGUUUCCGAGGCGGUUAUGGCCGAGGUAUGAGACCGAGGGGCCGAGGUUUGUCGGAUCCAAAUGUUGGUACAUCUACCGAUUCAAAAAACUACCAGAGACGGGGGUCUCGGCUGCCAUUCAAGCAGUAGAGCAGUCUGUUAGGAAGAUGCGUGCAGAAAAUGAGAAGAGAUAUGGCCAAGGGCAUCAUCAUAGCUCCACUUUGGACAACUCAACCUUGGUUUCCAAGGCUUAUGGACAUAUUGGUAGACACGCCAGUUAUU